ACAGCAACUCCACAUGGGCUGUCGCUCUGUAAAAAGCUAUGCCCCGGCAAGGCUUUGUUCGUUCUUCCUGUCCCCCAGGAGUGCUUCCGUCAAAUGAACACGAUGAGUAGUAGCUCAGUCAUUUGAGCCAACAACCUAAUGUCCUUCUCCACUAACAUUUCAAAUUCCGUGCGCAAUUUUGUGACCGAGAUGUUAACAAAGCGAGAAAACGGUGGCGACGUCAACUACUUCAACAACAAUACAAGAUUGUCCAGACUAAUCGGAACUAACCAUGUCAAUAACAUCAUCGCCACUGAUUAUGAUGGUGUUGACAAUUCAACGGAUGGUGUUAGCUUGUUAAUGCCUACCUGGGCUUACCUGUCUGUCGCCGCUUACCUGCUUUUCAUAAGCGUUCUUGGCUUAACCCUGAACAUUAUCGUCGCUCUCGUCAUUCUCAACGAUUCGAGGAAGAUGACGCCAUUGAACUGGAUGUUGCUGAAUUUGGCUUGCUCCGACGGUGCCAUUGCUGGAUUCGGAACACCCGUAUCAACGGCUGCUGCCUUGCGAUUCGGAUGGCCUUUCAGCCAUGAACUGUGCGUUGCUUACGCCAUGAUUAUGUCCACUGCAGGAAUCGGAUCCAUCACGACCCUAACGGCGUUGGCUGUCUGGCGAUGUCAACUCGUCGUUUGCUGUCCAGCUAAACGCAAAAACACUUUUACUAAUCACAAUGGCCGACUCGAAUGUCGCUAUGGCGCCUUAUUGCUCACUCUCAUCUGGAUUUACGCCCUGGCUGUUACGUGUCCGCCACUUCUAGGAUGGGGUCGUUACGACCGUGAAGCUGCUCACAUCAGCUGUUCAGUCAACUGGGAGUCCAAGAGGCAUUACAACCGCUCCUACAUCUUCUACAUGUUUGUUAUGGGAUUGGUCAUCCCGCUUGCCCUCAUCAUGGUGUCCUAUGUCAAGAUCCUGCGCGUUGUUCGUGAGAGACGAAGGCGAGCCAAAAUCAAAGAAGAAACGCCAAAGACGAUGCCAGCACCACCUGAUGUAUCUGGUCAUAUUACACAAAACUAUGGCCAACAAGUAGCCGAGCACCAACGACCGAUCACCAACAAAACUAGGCAGCAACAUCUUAACAACAAUCAACAUCAUCUUCACCGCAGAGGAGAUGCAGCUGAGAAAAGGGUGACGAUGAUGGUGGCCUGCAUGAUCGCCGCAUUUAUGGGCGCCUGGACUCCCUAUUCGAUUUUGGCACUUUACGAGACGUUUUUCAGUAUUGACAGCGGUGCUGACAAUUACAGUGGAAACAAAGCCAAUGUUUCCUACGUAACUCAAGAUAACGAUUCAUUGUACGUGGGAGUCGUUUCACCUGCUUUCGCUGCAAUUCCUUCGCUUUUCGCUAAAACGUCAGCUGUUCUCAACCCGCUUAUCUACGGGCUUCUCAAUACUCAGUUUCGCUUGGCUUGGGAAAGGUUUUCGUUGCGGUACUUUAGUCGAUGCCGUCAUCGUCGCCAUCCCACCGGGGACGUAGCGGCCAACCACCAAACUCAAAUCAAAACGUGGCGUGACAUAAGACGACUCCGUUUGAGCUUCAAUAGCAACUCACGUGGUAUUAAACCGGGAACUACUGUACACCUGCCUAUGCGAGAAAUCAUAUUUCCAAAGGAAGACAGACAGGAUCAAACUAGCGGUAUUAUAGCUAAAAUCACCAAGACUCUCCCCUUUAUCGACGCCAAUGCUACCAACUCGAUUCCUGUGCGUAUUGAUGGCCAUAAUAAUCAAGAAGAAGAAGAGCGGAAAUCGAGAAACAAUCAACAAGAACAUGAAAAUACUAUUGAAAGACAAUGUUAUACACCUCUUCGUCUAUCGUCAACACUUUCAUCUUCUUUGCCGUCACUGUCGACUUGCACUUCAUCACACCUUGUCUGCAAAGAGGUGAAUGCAACGUAUCAGUCAAACAAGAAGAGAUCAAUCAGAAUUCACCUUCAUCGGGAACAGCUUGGUUCUUUGAUAUCCGUUCGCUUGCCCUCCCACACAGCUCACUGCCGUUGCAGCAUUGAAAAAUCUAUGUUCUUGAAUACCUAUGCCGACGCCCACGCUAGCCUGACAGGACGUACCAUAAUCACUAAAAAUGAUUCAGAAGUGAACCAAACCUAAUCAACGAACUGGCAAAACAUAUAGUCAAUACCGGUCUACAUCCUGAUGUUGGAGAAUUGAAGCCGAUAGAACAGCGCUAUCGAUAAAAAACCCGCACCAUGGGCAAUCCAGGCAAAGCUAGCAGAACGUAUACACAUUUGACAUCAAUUGAAUCAACAGCCCUGUGCGAUGACGUCAACUGCUGCUGUAAUAAGCCGAAGAUUUGCGUCAUAGAGAGCCAGCAUGAUGGGUUAUAUCAAACAACUUGUAAUAUCGUACGUUAAAUAUUAUAAGCUUAUUUCUGGACUUAUAAAUAUAAGCCGUGCUAAGUCCCAAUGAUGCUUCCAAUCGACCAUCGAAUCAAACAUUAUGAGUGUUGUGGAUGUCGUGGAGUUCAUUGUUGGGAAUGCACCCUAAUCGAUUUGAAUGGAAGGGUUCAAUAAAGAGCAGGCUAUAUCGAGCAUCAGACCAAUUAGCUAGAAUAAUAAGCUGCAUGCAUAUAGUACCGGGCCUGAUUUAAUACAUUCUGAUCAUAUUAUAACCAAAAUAACCGGAAUCGAAGGAGUAAAAGUUGCAUUUCUAGUUUGAGAUAUGAUUCUUGUAUAGAUGCUAUACGUUAAUUCGUAGAGGAUGUUGACUUGGUUUGAUAAACAGUAUAGAUACCAAAAUUCUUUGAAUUUUUUGCUACAAUAGGAUCAGUAUUAGCGAAAUCGAGAAUGCAUAAUGACACAUUUAUAUAAGGUUGUGCAGCUAUUGGGCGUUCUAUAUCGAUCCCAUCUCAUUGACAUUCAGCUAUCGGUUCAAUUAAAAAAUUGACAAGCUAUCCAUUCCUGUUGAUUGAUGUCUGGAAGAAGACUGAAAAAAGAAACAGCUUUCCCAGGACAAAGAAGAAGACGCUUUUCAUCAAUGUUAAAAAAAUAUAUAUUACAUUUCUCAUCUUUCAACCGACUGCUCUAUUAUUUUCCAAUAAAUUUUCUUAUUUUCUAUUUCCGUUUCUUUAAUUCAGCUGACGCGUUCCUUUUAAUCCCUAUUCCUUCUCUCCUUUAUCCAACUUCACGAGGGCAUUUUCCCACGUUCAUCCGCUUUCCGUCCACAUUCCGUUUGGGGUAGGUUUUUUUUUUCUCCUCUAUUAGCUAUAAGACGAGAAUGAAUUCGUUAUUCCUAUUCCGGUUCAUUUUAUGCCAGUUAUAAGCCUUGUUUGUCUUUUGUCACAGCCAAUUCUGCCCUUUAAUGUUGUAUACUGUAAUUGGCUUCGAUGUACUGAAUUACAAUCCAAUCCCAAAGCCCCCAA